AUGAUGGCUCUACAUUACAGAAUCAUAACGGUAAGGGACCUGUGACACUGCAAAAAAUAGGAUAAUCCACUCAAAAUGGAAAAAAAAUAAACUAUCAUUAAGACUGUAAGGAGCUCCUGUUCCAGCUCAAAGAGAAGAGAAAACUCAAACACCUCAAGAUGGUUUUAUUUUCUUCAACGGUUUUUAAAGUCUGCUGUAGAUUUAUUUUUCUCUGUUUGCCCUCUUAUGUUCCUUGUUUUUUUACACUGAACACCUCCACAUGAAAAUACAGUUAUUGACCAAGAUAUUCAAAUGUUUUGCACUAUUAAUCACAUCACAUUUGUCUUGUUGAAAAGCAGCUUUAUAUUGUCAUAUUGUGGUUUCUGGGUACAGAACUAUGGUCACAGAUAUAAAUUCAAACUCUAUAACUACAAACUAAAUCUAAUCUACUAAAUCACAGUUACUCACAGAGAUUUUUUUCCUGCUGUGGUUUCUUCUCAGAAAAAGGAGAAAUGAAAAUUAUUUGAUCUCAACAUAAGGUGUAAACACACUCGCCAUCCAUCCCAGAGGUGUUAGGGUGUGCAAAGGUCAAAGUUCCCUGUACUGCUCAGCUGAGAGAGGAUAUGAGGUAAAUCAGACAAACCAGAGGAACAGCAUGUGUGGACGCAUGAUAUCAGCCUUUAGAUAAGUGACAAAGAAAAUCAACAUUAGAACAAACACUAUCACUGCCUUCAAAUACAUAAGAAGCAUACAAAGGCUGCUAAACAGUUGGUUUGUGAUGAGCCAAGACAAAGAAAAUAAAAGAAAAUGUUGACCACAACUUUUAUACCAUCAAAAAGCUUCUAGUCUUUGUAGGACUUUGACAAACUGCUGUAAAACGAUGUUUUCAGACAGUUGGAGCAGCUUCCUGUUAUGUGGCAAGACAUCAAUCUAACAAAGUGCCAGAGCUUUUCCCCUAAUGAGUCUUGUGAACAAGCUAAUGAUCUUUUCUUUCUUAAAAUGCCGUCUGGUGGUUCAAAAGAUAAUGCAGUGGAUUUACACUGUCAAGUAUAACUCAAGACACCAGCAAGGAAACAAAUGUUUAUCAGACGUGUAUGAACAGCUACUGUGACAUUUCUUCAAAUGGAUAUUUCUCAUUGUUGAGGGCUUCUCUACCUUUAAACCAAAGAUGAGGUGGGUUUGGUUAUCCUUGGAGGUGCAGUUUAUCUAGAGGAACCCCUGGAAAAUUAGCCCAUUUUUACCAAAAAUAUAAAUUUGUGGCUUUACUGUUGGUUAAAUGUAGGUUCACUGACUUUUUUGUGGGUCCAGCCAAGUUGGAUAACCCGAUGAAAGCACAUCUUUGUAGGGAGAAUGUGUUAAUUUGAUGACAUUUUUGAAACUGUGGGCGUGGCUUAUUGUGUGAUUUUGGCCAUGUCUCUGCCUGUAGAAAUGUUUCAAUGCUUCCUCAGGCUCCUGUAAACAUACAAAGUCUAAAUCAAUGUAAAUGUGCUGUGAGAACAAAGAUAUGAGGCAAUCCUCCUCAUUCUUUUAAUAAUAAGUCUUCAGUUGAACUGAAAGUGUGAACGCUCUGAGGUCUCUAUUAAAUAUUUACACACAGUCGGCUGAUAAAAGAGGUCAUGCCUGAGUGAGAGUUACUAAAUUCAGACUAUAUGGACAUGAAACGUAACAGCAUCCAAAUAUUAAUAGUUUGUUUCAUUCUUCAUGUUUUCAUUCCCAUAAGAUAAGAAGACAUCUUUAAUAUCAUCAUAUUGAUUAUCAAUAAUUAGUCGCACGGCCACUUACUCUGCUACUCCACCUUCCUACAGCUGGGGCUGGUACCUGCUCUGUGGAAAACAUCCUCUACUGUGCCAGAACCAAAAACAAAAUGUCCUGCUGAACUCAAUGACUGCAGACCAGCGGCCCUCACUUCACGCAUCAUGGAAACCCUGGAGCGGCUGAUUCUACACCAUCUGAGGUCUGAGGUCAGAGACAAACUGGACUCCCUGCAGUUUACAUACAAAGAACACAUUGGAGUGGACGAUGCUGUCCUCUACAUGCUUCACCGUGACCUGUCUCAUCUGGAGGAACCUGGGCUUUAUGUGAGGAUGUCCUGUGAGCUUGUAAAGGCUUAGCCUCAUUUAAAACUGGAUUGACAUGAUAGUAAAUAAUCAGUGUUUUGUACUAAUAGAUGGACUUUAAUAUUUUCAUGAAGAACAUUGAACAGGGGAAAUAGGAACCAUGAAGGUAGAAUUUUACUGCCUUUAGAGAAUGAAAUAAAUAAUGAAAUAAACAGAAUUAAUUAAAAUUAUGUUGUUUAAAAAUUUAAAUUAAAGAUUAGUUUAAAAUUCAUCUAAAUAAGCUGCAGUUAAAAGAGAAAAUUGUUUCAUUAUUUAUGUCUUUGUUUUGUGUUGCUGCCAUCUACUGGCCUUUGUCUAGAUUUUCUCCGUCAGUUACAUGAGUUUGUGGAAAACAGUGAAAUAUUUGGGAAGGAUCUCGAAGUACAGAAACUGAGUUUGGUAAAAAGUUAAAGUUGUCUGUUCAAAAAUUACUUCAGCUUAAGUGUGAACGUGUCUGAUGAUUUAUGUACUUAAGUAUCAAAGGUAUUUGGGUUUUAAUUCGACUAUUUUUAACUUAUUAUAGGUUUUUGAUCGGUCAUGAUCCAACAGCUCACAGCAGCAGUAGCAUGUAUGUUUUUUCUCUCCAGUUUUUAGAUUUAAAAACUAUAACUUUGCAUUUUCCUCUUUAAGGUUUUGUUGUUUCAUGGUCCUCUGUCAUUUGUUUUCUUCGAUAGGGUUUGGAUGUUCAGACAAAUAUUUGUAUCCUAGAUCAAAAAUAUUAGAUAUUUUCUAUGGCAUGUAUGAAGGACUCCACAGGGUGUUUGAGAGGUUUUUAUCUGCAGUUUUAGAAAUCUGGGUUGAAAUUUGUCCCAACUUCUUAGAUCCUCUGUCUGCCCUCAAAUUAAACCUGUUAGUGUGAGCAGCCAUGAACAGCUUACAGUGUAUCAAUGUUUGGCUCCUGUUGUGAGUCCAAGUCAAAUUUAGACUGUGAGACUGUUAAAGUGAAGCCUUACCUUUCACCUACUCUGUACAGACGGGCUGUUGCAGCUGA